AUGAAGGUCAUGACUCGGAAGAUAAGAGCAGCUUUUUCUUCAAGUAUGUCUACUAACAUCACGCAAGAUCCAUUCUACUUCAUCCUCGUGGGCAUCCCAGGAUUUGAGGGCUACCACAUCUGGAUUUCCAUCCCAUUCUGCUGCUUCUACAUCAUCUCUGUCAUAGGUAACACCUCCAUCCUCACUGUCAUACACACAGAGCCAUCUCUCCGCCAGCCUAUGUACCUAUUUCUCUCCAUGCUGGCCCUGACUGACCUGGGUCUCACCCUCACCACUCUUCCCACCAUCAUGGGGCUCUUCUGGUUUAACGUUCACAAAAUCAGCUUUGAGGCCUGCUUUGCCCAAUUAUUCUUCCUCCAUGGAUUCUCCUUUAUGGAGUCUUCUGUCCUGCUGGCUAUGUCCUUUGACCGUUAUGUGGCCAUCUGCCGUCCCCUCCACUACGCUUCCAUCCUCACCAACGAAGUCAUUGGUAGAAUUGGGUUCACCAUCAUUUGCCGCUGUACCCUGGCUGUGCUUCCCUCCCUCUUCCUACUCAAGCGCCUGCCUUUCUGCGCCUCCCACCUUCUCUCUCACUCCUACUGCCUCCACCAGGAUUUGAUUCACCUGGUCUGCGCUGACACCCGGGUCAACAAUUGGUAUGGAUUUGCUCUAGUCCUGCUCAUCAUUGUAAUGGACCCUCUGCUUAUUGUGCUAUCCUAUGCAAUGCUUCUGAGAAGUGUCCUAGGGGUAUCCUCCAGGGCUGAGAGACUUCGUGCUCUCAACAACUGCUUGUCCCACAUUCUGGCUGUUCUGGUGCUUUAUGUCCCCAUGGUUGGUGUAUCUAUGACUCACCGCUUUGCCAAGCAUAACUCCCCACUGGUCCAUGUUAUCAUGGCCAAUGUGUACCUGCUGGCACCUCCUGUGAUUAAUCCCAUUAUUUAUAGUGUCAAGACCAAGCAGAUCCGCCGGGGGAUCAUCCAUCUCCUUUGCCCCCACACUAUGCAUGCAAGGUGA